AUGGAGAAAUAUCGACCAAAGAGACCAACCACCCUGGCUCUGUUCCCACAGCGGCCACAAGCCGGCACCCAGGACUCCAUCAACAACAACUCUUUAGGCAAGAAGGACAGCUGGAAAGACUCCCGCUCUUCCUCCCCACACAUUACAGGGGAUCUAGCACCACAGGAUGUUAAACCAAAAGCAGAGGACAAAGUCCGGCAGGGCACCCGCCGCCCGGCCCCCAAACCACCAACAACCAAUGCAGCCAACAGCAGAGCCAACACUCAAGCUGCUGCCACCACUGCAGACACACGCGCUCGUCCACGGGAAAGACAGCUGUCAGGUGUCACGCACACACAGUCCUUCAGCUCACCAAGGAGUCAACGGAGAGGAGCAGGAGCAGGAGGAGGAAGAGGAAGAGGUGGAGGCAGAGGAGCAACAGCAAUGAGAGAGAAGACCCUGGGGGAUAUCAGAGGGAAGGAUGGAGUGACAGCAGGGAAGGAAGAAAGAAGAGGAGGAAGACUGUGUGAGGAGUCCAAGGCGAAGGAGAAAGAGAGGCCCGGACAUCAGAGGCCAAGAGAAGUAAAUGGACUGAAAAGCAGGGGGGCUGAUGGGAAAGGAAAAGUAGGUACUAAAGUUGAUAACAAAGCAGGGAAAGUCAAGCUGAACAACGCGCUUUCUACCCAGGAAGUUUAUCUGACAGCCAUGGUCGUCCCACGCACGCCUGUAGCGACAAGAACCCAGGACAAGACCCAAGACCAAGGCCAAAACCAUGACAGGACCCAGGAAAAUCCUCCUGCCCUUUCCCGGUCCAGCAGCGAGGGGGGGUCAAACAGAAUGUCCCUCAGCUCAGACACAGAGGGCCCCCCACCAGGGCCCCUGAAUCCUUCCCUGUCCCACCCAACCAACCCUAUCAUCAGUGAAGAAGAGGGGGAGGGAACUCCAACUCCUUGCGCGAAUGUCCAGAAUGGUCCAACCCACUGCCAUGAAGGUAAUGAAAAAUCAAAGGUGGACUAUACCAAGUCAGAGGUUCACCCAGGGGGAGGAAAAUGUGACAAUAACACUGAGGUGGAUAGUGCCAACUCUGUCACUCAGGGAGAUCCUGCAGCUGCUCGGACUGUACCAAAGAGCGAAACUUCAGCAGGGUUAAGUUAUGACUCUGUUAAAUACACUCUGGUGGUCGAUGAACACGCUCAAUUGGAGCUGGUCAGCCUCAAGGACUGCUUUCACAGUUACAACGAGCACAAUGAUGACAGCGAUGCAGAGACGGUCUAUCAGUCAGCCAAUGAGGAGGAAGACCCAGAGUAUGAGGAGGAAAGGAAGAGAAGAGAGGAAACAAGGAAGCAAGACAGGAGGAAAGAGGAAGAAAAACGAAGAAAGGAGGAGGAGGAGAAGAAGAGGCAGAGGGAGGAGGAUGUGAAGCGGAGAAGGGAGGACGAGGUGAAGAGGAGGAGGGAAGUGGUUACGAGGGUCUUCAAGCCGUCCAAGGUAACGUCAACCACGACUUCCGAGGAAGAGGAGUCUAACGGUGGAAGAGCCAGCGCUCCCAGAACCAGGAAGUUUCUUAACCUGUUUGCCAACAAUAGCAGCCACUACAGCGCCACUGGUGCUGGCUCAUUUGGUGUGUUCUCCUGUGUUUUGGAUGGUGUGGAAAGACAGCAGAGUCACAGAGCUGUUUACAGGUUUGUUCCCCGUCAUGCUGAUGAGCUGUUCUUAGAGAAUGAUGACCCCCUGCUAAUUCUGAACCAGUCUGAGGACCUCUGGUGUCAGGGUUACAACAUGAGGACCGGAUCCACCGGCAUCUUUCCUGCCUUCUAUGCUGUCAGGUUGGACAAAGAUAAUAACAAAGUUAAGAGAGAUGGCUGCAUAGAUCAGUUCAUGGUGCGAUUCCUGGGUUCAGUUCAGGUCCCCAUCCACAAAGGCAAUGAUGUGCUGUGUGCUGCGAUGCAGAAGGUAGCGUGUAACCGGCGGUUAGCAGGGCAGCCUCCCUCAGCCUGUGUGCUGGAGGUCAGUGUGAGGGGCGUGAAGAUCAGUGUCCAGGACCAAUGUCACUUUGCUAACAGGGGAGACCAGUGUUUCCAUUUCUUCCAGCUGAAGAACAUCUCAUUCUGUGGCUGCCACCCAAAAUACAGCAAGUAUUUUGGUUUCAUCACCAAACAUCCUGACCAACAGCGCUUUGCCUGUCACGUGAUGGUGGCAGAAACAACAUUACAUCCUCUGGCUGAGUCUGUAGGGAGGGCUUUCCAGCAGUAUUACAAAGAACAUAUUGGCUACUCCUGUCCCACUGAAGACAUCUUCAUUGAAUAACACCUCUCUUCCAUCCACACUAUGUACUAAAUAGUCACUAUGUGCAUGUAAGCCUGGUCUUACACCACAAA